AUGAAAUCCACGCAAAAAGGCGCCAGCGGGUCAAAAAAAGACAGCUCAUAUUCUCAAUCCCACACACAAUAUUCAGGCACGCAAAAUAGUAACGAUUUGCAAAGCCAGGCGCCCGGAGCGUUGGCAAACUAUACGCUACCUGGCGUGAUCAGUUACUUGACAUCUGAGUUCACGAAUUUGGAACGGUUCCGCAUCAUGACCAACUUGGAAAAAUCCGAAAUGAAGUAUCGGAUUCAGCAAUUGACCGGAGAGCUCAACAGUCUACGCUUCAUCAACGAGAAACAGGCGUUGCGAAUCAAGACUUUGGAGGAUAAGCUAGAGAAGGCUACGUUUGCUCCGGAAAAUGAGGGAAAAAACAUCCAAGUACUGAAUGAUUCAGUCAAUAACGAGCUUCCAAAAGAUGUGUCAUUAACGGGUGAUCCCGAGCGUUUGAACGACGGUCCUGAUUCUUCCCCUAAUGCAAAUGACAUGGUUUCAACAAAACAAGAUAACGAGCCUCAAUUGGAAUUCCCAGUCACGAAAGAUAUCCCGCAUGUAGAUCUCGAAUUCCUUCGGGAUUCUAAGCGGAAGCUCAAUGCAUCGAUACGAGAAAUCGCAAGUCUUCUCGAGCCUCCGUCGGGUAUAGAAUUUCUCGAUACUCAUAAUGGUGAAGAUGCCCGUUCUGGCUUUGACGACUUGCUCGAUAACACCAAGCGUUUAUCCUUAAGCCCUGAUCAUGCGGAACGCGUUAAGACUAGGGAAGACGUGUUUGCUCGAUACACUUUGGGUAAAGACGACAUGCUCACAGGGCAGAAGAUUUCCUUUGACGCCGACGUUCGAAUGGCCGGUGAACCUGGGCAAAAUGAUCAACAAGGAGGCGACCAGAGGUCCUGGGGAAAAACUGUACCCUAUCAUACAUAUACAGAUGAAAGCGAUGCGGAAACAGUGAGUCUUAACGGGCCCAAUACAAGUGGAAUCCUUUCAGACGACGGGGAACGGCAAAACAACUAG